AUGAGAGUGUCAGUUCCAACGCUAGCCAAAUACGUCCCCAGUAUCAAAUUUGUGGGAGGUCCCCAUGUGAUAACUAAAAAAUCCGGCCCUCCGAGCCCACAUCCUUGUGCUCCAAACCAGUUGAUGCCAACCAAAGCAGGAUCGUCUACCGCUUCCAGCACUCAGAAUACCUCAAAUGUUGGACCAGUUCCGUUCGAGAGCAGAAACUUUCUGUCUUCUCGUUUCAGAUACAGUCCAUUAGAUGAGAUCGAGAUUGAAGACGUUAACACGGGUGGAGCAGAAUACCUUAUAAGAUAA